AUGUUAGAAAAACACUUGAAAGAAGAGUUGAAUUGUAAGCAUAAUGAAACUGAACGUAAUGCUGUUGAAAUCUUGCAGAUACAAUUGGAGAAAUGUGUAAAAAAUGAGAUAUGUGAAGUAGGACAACAACAAUUGUCAAGACAUGGAGUUGUAUUAAGGGGUAGGAAGGGAAGUCAAAGGAUGGAAAGACUGCAACUGAAGUCGGGAAAGACUAACUGGGGAAGACACAUUCAAGAUGUAGUAAUACGUCUAGAGGAGGGAAAAACGCGUAAGAGACAGAGGGUGUUAUGGGAACAUCUGUUGAGGACAGGACAAAAGAGCUUGGGGACAAAGAAGACAGCAAUUUCGCAACAUGAAAUACUUGUCGAACAGAAGAAGUCUGUAGAUACAACAUCGCCAGAAGCCAUGAAAAGAAGUCAAGAAAAAAGUGUUGAAGAGAUAUCAAUUGCAGAACGACAGAAUAUGGAAGAAAAGCCCAUUGUAUCUGAAAAUGAUAGGCACGAAACAAUUAGUGAAAGAGUUUAUAUUGAGCAACCUGAAUUAAAAGACCUAAAAGAAGCUGGGUUAAGACCACCUGAACUGGUGUUAGAAAGCAUUGUUUCAAUGAAGCAUGGACAAGACGCUAAUACAAUGCAAUACGAAACGUUAAAUAUUCAUCCAGAUCUAAUAAUAUCUGAAAUCACAAAGCAAGGAGAUUUGAAACAGCAUGGAAUUGAGAUUGAAGGCACCUUUGAAAGCAGUGAAACUUCUGAAGACGGAUUUUUUAGCCUCGCCGAAAAGAUGGGCAUAGCUUCAACAAGUGUGAUUACCAUUCCUGCGGCUUUAGCAACAAUAGAAAUUGCAUCUGCCUAUGAAUGCGUUAUGGAAAAACAUCAGCAGAGUUUAGCAGAUUCUGAACUAGAAGAUAAAAUGUUCAGUGUAAAAAAACUUACAACAACAUAUGGAACAGAAUCAGAAAACCCUGCAAACGAUCUUGAAGUUGAGGUAAAAAAAGUAAGACUGUUCGAAAAUAUUAUUAUACCUGAUGAAAGAGUCGAGGAAUACGGUUCCGUAAUAUCUAAAACACCAACUACAGAGGAAAAACAUGUACUCGAUAUGAAAUCUCCGGCAGAGUCAGAAAUUGUGGAUCAAUUACGUAAAACGGAAGAUUUGGUAGAAACUGAAACAAAAUCGCUCGAAGAUAUUAUACCUGAUGAAAGGAAUUUCGAGGAAUACGGUUCCGUAAUAUCUAAAACACCAACUACAGAGGAAAAACAUGUAACUGAUAUGAAAUCUCCGGCAGAGUCAGAAGUUGUUGAUCGGAUAACUAAAACUCACGAUUUGGUAGAAACUGAAACAAAAUCGCUCGAAGAUAUUAUACCUGAUGAAAGGAAUUUCGAGGAAUACGGUUCCGUAAUAUCUAAAACACCAAUUACACAGGAAAAACAUGUACUCGAUAUGAAAUCUCCGGCGGAGUCAGAAACUGUGGAUCAAUUACGUAAAACGGAAGAUUUGGUAGAAACUGAAACAAAAUCGCUCGAAGAUAUUAUACCUGAUGAAAGGAAUUUCGAGGAAUACGGUUCCGUAAUAUCUAAAACACCAAUUACACAGGAAAAACAUGUACUCGAUAUGAAAUCUCCGGUAGAGUCAGAAGUUGUUGAUCGGAUAACUAAAACUCACGAUUUGGUAGAAACUGAAACAAAAUCGCUCGAAGAUAUUAUACCUGAUGAAAGGAAUUUCGAGGAAUACGGUUCCGUAAUAUCUAAAACACCAACUACAGAGGAAAAACAUGUAACUGAUAUGAAAUCUCCGGCAGAGUCAGAAGUUGUUGAUCGGAUAACUAAAACUCACGAUUUGGUUGAAACUGAAACAAAAUCGCUCGAAGAUAUUAUACCUGAUGAAAGGAAUUUCGAGGAAUACGGUUCCGUAAUAUCUAAAACACCAAUUACACAGGAAAAACAUGUACUCGAUAUGAAAUCUCCGGUAGAGUCAGAAGUUGUUGAUCGGAUAACUAAAACUCACGAUUUGGUAGAAACUGAAACAAAAUCGCUCGAAGAUAUUAUACCUGAUGAAAGGAAUUUCGAGGAAUACGGUUCCGUAAUAUCUAAAACACCAACUACAGAGGAAAAACAUGUAACUGAUAUGAAAUCUCCGGCAGAGUCAGAAGUUGUUGAUCGGAUAACUAAAACUCACGAUUUGGUAGAAACUGAAACAAAAUCGCUCGAAGAUAUUAUACCUGAUGAAAGGAAUUUCGAGGAAUACGGUUCCGUAAUAUCUAUAACACCAACUACAGAGGAAAAACAUGUACUCGAUAUGAAAUCUCCGGCGGAGUCAGAAACUGUGGAUCAAUUACGUAAAACGGAAGAUUUGGUAGAAACUGAAACAAAAUCGCUCGAAGAUAUUAUACCUGAUGAAAGGAAUUUCGAGGAAUACGGUUCCGUAAUAUCUAAAACACCAACUACAGAGGAAAAACAUGUAACUGAUAUGAAAUCUCCGGCAGAGUCAGAAGUUGUUGAUCGGAUAACUAAAACUCACGAUUUGGUAGAAACUGAAACAAAAUCGCUCGAAGAUAUUAUACCUGAUGAAAGGAAUUUCGAGGAAUACGGUUCCGUAAUAUCUAAAACACCAAUUACACAGGAAAAACAUGUACUCGAUAUGAAAUCUCCGGCGGAGUCAGAAACUGUGGAUCAAUUACGUAAAACGGAAGAUUUGGUAGAAACUGAAACAAAAUCGCUCGAAGAUAUUAUACCUGAUGAAAGGAAUUUCGAGGAAUACGGUUCCGUAAUAUCUAAAACACCAACUACAGAGGAAAAACAUGUAACUGAUAUGAAAUCUCCGGCAGAGUCAGAAGUUGUUGAUCGGAUAACUAAAACUCACGAUUUGGUAGAAACUGAAACAAAAUCGCUCGAAGAUAUUAUACCUGAUGAAAGGAAUUUCGAGGAAUACGGUUCCGUAAUAUCUAAAACACCAAUUACACAGGAAAAACAUGUAACUGAUAUGAAAUCUCCGGCAGAGUCAGAAACUGUGGAUCAAUUACGUAAAACGGAAGAUUUGGUAGAAACUGAAACAAAAUCGCUCGAAGAUAUUAUACCUGAUGAAAGGAAUUUCGAGGAAUACGGUUCCGUAAUAUCUAAAACACCAACUACAGAGGAAAAACAUGUAACUGAUAUGAAAUCUCCGGCAGAGUCAGAAGUUGUUGAUCGGAUAACUAAAACUCACGAUUUGGUAGAAACUGAAACAAAAUCGCUCGAAGAUAUUAUACCUGAUGAAAGGAAUUUCGAGGAAUACGGUUCCGUAAUAUCUAAAACACCAACUACAGAGGAAAAACAUGUAACUGAUAUGAAAUCUCCGGCAGAGUCAGAAGUUGUUGAUCGGAUAACUAAAACUCACGAUUUGGUAGAAACUGAAACAAAAUCGCUCGAAGAUAUUAUACCUGAUGAAAGGAAUUUCGAGGAAUACGGUUCCGUAAUAUCUAAAACACCAAUUACACAGGAAAAACAUGUACUCGAUAUGAAAUCUCCGGUAGAGUCAGAAGUUGUUGAUCGGAUAACUAAAACUCACGAUUUGGUAGAAACUGAAACAAAAUCGCUCGAAGAUAUUAUACCUGAUGAAAGGAAUUUCGAGGAAUACGGUUCCGUAAUAUCUAAAACACCAACUACAGAGGAAAAACAUGUAACUGAUAUGAAAUCUCCGGCAGAGUCAGAAGUUGUUGAUCGGAUAACUAAAACUCACGAUUUGGUAGAAACUGAAACAAAAUCGCUCGAAGAUAUUAUACCUGAUGAAAGGAAUUUCGAGGAAUACGGUUCCGUAAUAUCUAAAACACUAACUACAGAGGAAAAACAUGUAACUGAUAUGAAAUCUCCGGCAGAGUCAGAAAUUGUGGAUCAAUUACGUAAAACGGAAGAUUUGGUAGAAACUGAAACAAAAUCGCUCGAAGAUAUUAUACCUGAUGAAAGGAAUUUCGAGGAAUACGGUUCCGUAAUAUCUAAAACACCAACUACAGAGGAAAAACAUGUACUCGAUAUGAAAUCUCCGGUAGAGUCAGAAGUUGUUGAUCGGAUAACUAAAACUCACGAUUUGGUAGAAACUGAAACAAAAUCGCUCGAAGAUAUUAUACCUGAUGAAAGGAAUUUCGAGGAAUACGGUUCCGUAAUAUCUAAAACACCAACUACAGAGGAAAAACAUGUAACUGAUAUGAAAUCUCCGGCAGAGUCAGAAACUGUGGAUCAAUUACGUAAAACGGAAGAUUUGGUAGAAACUGAAACAAAAUCGCUCGAAGAUAUUAUACCUGAUGAAAGGAAUUUCGAGGAAUACGGUUCCGUAAUAUCUAAAACACCAACUACAGAGGAAAAACAUGUAACUGAUAUGAAAUCUCCGGCAGAGUCAGAAACUGUGGAUCAAUUACGUAAAACGGAAGAUUUGGUAGAAACUGAAACAAAAUCGCUCGAAGAUAUUAUACCUGAUGAAAGGAAUUUCGAGGAAUACGGUUCCGUAAUAUCUAAAACACCAACUACAGAGGAAAAACAUGUAACUGAUAUGAAAUCUCCGGCAGAGUCAGAAACUGUGGAUCAAUUACGUAAAACGGAAGAUUUGGUAGAAACUGAAACAAAAUCGCUCGAAGAUAUUAUACCUGAUGAAAGGAAUUUCGAGGAAUACGGUUCCGUAAUAUCUAAAACACCAACUACAGAGGAAAAACAUGUACUCGAUAUGAAAUCUCCGGCAGAGUCAGAAAUUGUGGAUCGGAUAACUAAAACUCACGAAUUGGUAGAAACUGAAACAAAAUCGCUCGAUGAUAUUAUACCUGAUGAAAGGAAUUUCGAGGAAUACGGUUCCGUAAUAUCUAAAACACCAACUACAGAGGAAAAACAUGUACUCGAUAUGAAGUCUCCGGCAGAGUCAGAAACUGUGGAUCAAUUACGUGAAACGGAAGAUUUGGUAGAAACUGAAGGCGGACCUUUCGAUGAUAAUAUAUCAGACAGAGAGAUUCUGGGAGAACGCGGUGCAAUGAUAUGUAACAAAGGAACUACAAAAGGGCAUACUGAAAUGGAGAGCUGGAGAGACCUGCAGAAAGCUGUGGAUGUGUUAUGCAGGAUGGGAGAUUUGGAAGAAACUGAAGGAGAAUCGUUCGAAGAUAUUAUGCAGGGUGAAAAGAUUCUUGGGGACUACGCUAUCUCAGGGUAUGAAUUUGCAUCGAUUAAAGAAAAACCUGUUUCAUCUUGGAAUGCUAAGUGUGAAGCUGAUGAACCCAUGAAGCAAUAUGGAAACGUGUACGUGACAGACUCAGAAAGUGAACAUCUCCAAUCAAAAGUGGUGAAGUCUGCGAGGAAUGCAACAGAAGUAGCAGUACCUAUUGUUCUUGCUAAAUUCCGAAUGUCAGAGGUCCGUGGUGUCGAUGGAGGUGAUAAAGAUAUGCAGAUGGUUAGCGAAACACCUUCUUCUGAGACUAGACGGGUCGUUCUAGAGUGGAUGCAGUCUAUGGUUAAUGAUGUGAGUGAAGAGAGAAAUCCCGUGGAAAGCAAUGAUAGGGUAACAAAAGGAGAUGUUUGUACAAAAGAACAAGUUACACUUCUUGCUAAAGCACCAGCAAUAGAGUGUUUGAAACAGGAAUGUGCUGACCAUACAGUUGUACCAGCUGUGGAAAGAGAAAAUAGGCUUGUUGAGAUAUACAAAACAACAGUGUCUGAACAUGAAAUUUUGCAACCGCUGGAAAACGUACAACAUCAAUCUUUUAUGAAGAAAGAUCUCGAGGAAACAGAAACGAAACAAUUUGAGAGUAUGGUCUCGGAGUGUCAUUUUUCCCAGAGCUACGAUAUCUCAGUAGCCGAAGAAAUAAUUAUAGGAGAAUGUAAAAAGCCCUUAAGGAAUGAAAGCGAAUAUCCUGAUACUUCGGUAGAGAUGUUUAGAAAAAAUCUGGAGGGAACCGGAGCCCGAAAAUCCGAAGAUAUUUUACAGCAGGAAUGCGGUGCUUCACUACUUAAAGAAUUAGUAAAGGAGGAAAAACUUACAGUAGUUCAUGGAAAAGAACAAAAAUAUGCGGUACCGCAAGCAGGAGAAAAGAAGCACUUACCCUUUAAUGAAAGAGAAUCUGAGGAAAGUGCUUGCACUUUACAAAAAGAUAUUGAGAAUCAGCAAUCGGAGAUGGAACACUCUGAAGGAUUUAAAGUAAAAGUAUUCAAGGAAGAAAUCUCAAAGAAUAUGAAAUCUGAAGGAAUAAAAUUUGGAAGAGUGGUAUCUCAGAAAUUUGUAGAAGAGAUGAAGGGUGAUAAACGGGAUAGCGUUGAAUUCGCUAAGGAACUUGUUAAAGGACAGAUUGUAGGAGAAUCCCCAGAUGUUAUUGGUUCUUGGAACUAUAAGGAAACUGGAUUUUCCAGAGAAAUUUCUAGUGGUAUAGCUGAAGUGAAAGGAAGUGCUAGGGAUGAGGAAGCAUUUUUGCUAAAAAUACAAUCUGAAAUAGAAGAUAGACAACGAACUACUGAAUUUGCAGCAACGAAAAACAAGGAAGAAUGUAUAGACACAGGACCAUUUCAAAGUGACAUGCUGUUUUCAAGUGAUGUUUCGUUUGCAGAUUUGGUAUUUGCUGAUCCGCUACAUGGAACAGAUGAUACAACUGGAAUUGAGCAAUUGAAGACAGAAAGCAGAGAUUUACAAAAAAUGGGUAAGUUAAUAUCUAACUUGACAACAGAACAACUACCGACGAAAGAAAAGGAAACUGUGAGAUUGAGCAAAGAAGAAAUCACACCGCAACAAAUGCAGGAAUCUCUAAUAAAAAUACAGGGAGAUGUGGAAAAUUUGGUGAUGCAUCAAUCAGAACAAAGCAUCAUUUGCAAAGGAUUGAGACCAGUUGCAGGAACUGAAAAGAUUAAAGAAAAGAGUCGAUCCAAGUUUUACUCAAUAACUGCUGCAUUCGAGCAACCUAGAUCAGGAUCACCGAAAAAGAAGGAUUUUGAAAGAGUAUUUUAUAAGCCUGGUGCGUUCUUGGAUUACGUCCAAGAAUACAAGGAUAACAUAAAGGAUGUGGAAUACAGUAAGACAAGUAGCGAUGCAGAUGCGGAGGAUAGAAACGAAUUAUGUGUGGAGGAAGAACAACGGUGGACAGAUGAAAAAAAGCUUUUGAAGUUUGCAGAAGAAACUGGAACGGUUGCUAAAGAAAUUAUUUUGACACCUGAUACAUUGACGACUCUUGAUACAACAAAAAUUUGUGAUCACGAUGUAAAAAGCGAUAUAAGAGAGACACCGAUUGAACAACUUCCUGAUACAGAUCAUCUACAGCUUAUGCCGUUAAUAACUACUAGGCAGUAUGUUGAAGCUGCAGUGAUGCAAGGAAUGGUAGCAGAAGAAGGAAUUAUCAAAAAAGAAAUUGUUUAUGACCCAGCUAAGAAUCUGAAUGAACCAGUACUAAAAGAUGAAGAAGAGAGAAUAGGCAGAAUAACUGGAUCAUUUGCAGUUGAGACUUUAGAUCGGGAACCUUUGAUAAAUAUGCAUUUCCAAUCUUCAGCUGACCAGAAUGCUGUUUUUAUCUCUUCAGAUAUGCAAAUGGAUACUUCAUUUCUGGAAAAGAUAUCUCAAAAGAAUUGUGGGAAUGAAGUUUUAAUAGAAAGCGUUGACGAAAAUAUGCAAAUAGGGACAUUUUUUAAGGAAAACAUGAGGAAAGAAGUGCCAGAAAAUAAUGAAUUUCAACCGAUGGUACCAUCGAUCAAAAGUGUAGAAGAAGGAGUGACGCUAAAGACUGGAAUGGCAGGAAGUAAAGAGAAAAGUUUAGCUGAAUUGGUGACAGAAGAAGGAACAUCUUAUGAAGUUGACUUGGACGGAAAAAGUCAUCUAAUCAUGGAUCAUAAAUCACGUAUGGACGAAAGAACGAAAUCCUCAGCAGAAGAUAAGUAUCCUUAUGAACUAACUGUUGAUAUAUCAUGGGCUUUAGAAGAAAAAGAUGACACUGAUGCGGAAACAGAAGUACAAAAACAAAAAUCUUCCUACAUGGAGCAAGUAAUAACAUACCCUAGCGACGAUACACUUAAUGUUAUAACGGAAGAAAGAGUAACUGGAAGUAUAGCAAAAAAAUGUAAAGAUUCAAGCAUUAAGCUAAAUGGCGAUAGCAAUAAAAGUUCUGCAAGGUUCGAGUCUAUGAAAUGGGAAAAACUAACAGACGGAUUUGAAAUGACUUCAGAAAAACUGAAAAUGAAGGGACUGAUGGGAGAAUCAGCGGUGAAAGCAGAAAAGGUAACAUUUGAUCACAAUAAAGGAUUUGUAAUUAAGAUACCUAGAACAGAUAAAGAGGAAAGUGAAUCAUUCUUCAUACAUCGUUUUGAACCAAAGGAAUAUCACAUGAAGUCUUCUGAAAUCACUGCAGUGGAGUCAACGACCACACAAAAAUGGCUAGGAGCUGAAAAAGAAAGUCAAGAAGAUCUUACCAUUCAGAGACGGCAAAUAUCAGAGCUAAGCAGAGAUGAGAAAUUAGAAAAUGUUGAUGCAAAAGCAUUAGCGAUGAUGAAUAAUCAAAAGGAGUAUGAGAAGAGAUUAAUAACCAUGGAAGGUGAUCAGGAGUUAAAUGAAAAAGCAGAAAUGGCACAGAACCUUGAAAAAUUAAAAAUUUACAGUAGCGAUGGUAUGAUGCCUCAACAGCCUGCUGGAAAUGAUAAGAAGUCGUGCUUAUUAAAAAGAUCCUCUGAACAGUUGAUUACUAAACAUGAAUUAAUGACUUCAUUUGAAAAAGGCGAACUGGAGAGAGAUAUUUCUAAUAAAAAGAUUACUUCAAGUUGGUGUGAGCUGUCGAGAGAGGAACCGAGAAACAUAGCUUCAGAGGCAUUUCUAGAUACUAUCGAAAUUUGUUCAAUAAUUCCCCAGCAAAGGAAAAAUGUUCAGAUUUUUGCAAAAGAAUCUGAUAGAUAUCAGUUUACUGAUUUUUUCUUAAGCGAUGAAAAAGUGCAAAAAGAAGACAAAUCAUUAAGUUACUCUGAAAGACCUAAUAGGUUUUCUGUAAUAGAGAAAGUAACCUCGGUAGGAAAGGAAUCCUUUAAAGAUUUCUUUGCUUCUGCUGAAGCAUCGAGAAGUGGAGCAACAAGUAUUCUUGAAGCUUCAGGAGUUUCAUCAGUUUCCCGAUCUCUAGAAACAGUUCAGGUGGUCGAAGGUCAGAAAAGUUUUCUCAGAAGUGCUUCAUUUGAUGUUGCCGACAAUAGUAUGGAGAAGAAAAAAAGGGAGGAAAAGAUAUCUCAUUAUGGGGAAUUAGAAGGACACAUAAACGCCUCAGUUAUUUCAAGUGCAGAAGCUAUUGUGGAACGAAAUAAUGUAAAAGUAAUUUACGAUGAAGUAACUGGCGCGCUUUGGCAACAAGCAGACGGCGACACAAGCGAGAAAACUUUUUCAAGAAGGCAACUGGAAUUAGCAGCAAAAGAAAAAAGUACUGUUCAACUGAAAAAUGAACAAAAUAUAACCCUUUCGAGUGCUUUUGAUAGAUACUCUGCUGGACAACAAAACUGUCAGAAGUUUACGUUAUCAAGAAAGAAAGAAGUGGAGAAAGGCGCAUCUUCAUCGUUUUUUGCAUCAGUGUUCUUAAAUUAUGCAGAGGAUACUCAGAUUGAAUCAUUGCAAAAGGUGGAAAAAAGAACUAAAUCACUAGAAGAAACUGCAGUUGUUCCUCAAAAAAAGAUCGAAGAAGAGAUUUUCAUUAACAAAUUAAGUCAUUCAGUAGGAGAAUAUUUAGAAACAAAAAAGGAUGUGUAUGAAAUAAAGAGCGUAAGAAAUAGUAAUAAUGGGAGAAAAAUGAAAACGAUAGCUGAAUCUACUUCAGAGUUUGUUUUUGAGGAAUCAUUGACGCUGACAAAAGCGCCAUUAGCAAGGCAAAAUAUUGCUAAAGGAUCAUUUGAAACGGAUAAGGAAACAAAAAUUACUCAUGUCAUUGAUUUAGAAGUGAAUGCGGGUUAUUUAGUUGGCGAAAGCAAGGGGAAACUAGGUGAAACAGUCAGCAGGAGCAAUGUAAGUGAGCAGAGUAAUUGCAGCGUAAAUUCCUUGAUUGGAAAACAUUGCAGUAAUAAAUCACCGCCCAGCGAGGAAAGAACUGCUGCUGAAAAGAGUGUACCCCAAGUUGAACAUGAACAUGAAGCGGACUAUGAAUGUGAUUUAAAGAAGAAGUUAGAAACGUUUGCAGAAGAAACGAGGAAGUUAAAAAGACACGUAGAAGGAUGCAAUAGUUUACUUAAGGAAUAUGAAAGAAAUGAGGAAGAGCUUAAUAUACAGACAACAGUAAUGGUUGAUGACGUGAAAGCAAUAGAAAGCUUAUCACGUAGUGAAUCCACCUAUAAGACGGCAACGGCUACAUCAAGAGAUGGUUAUGAUACAUGCCUUACAUCCCAAGAGGACACUUUCGAAACAGCUCCUGGCUAUCAUUCUCAGGAAUCUGAGUACACUACAGCAACUAGCGAAGCUAGCAGUAGAUUGUCAGUAAUGAGUGAUGAGUGUAGAGAAAGUGCUACACCGAUUGCAAUUCUCUCACCAGUACAGUCUGAUCGUCUUUUUACUGCAUCUCAGGAUGAAGAACAAGAACCAAGUAGGCAAGAAAGUAGAGUUAUUGAUCCAGAACGUUCUAGUCGAGAUGUGCCUGAUAUAGAACUUGUAUCUGUUGAAGAUGAGGAUGAUAUGGGAGAAGGCUUACUGCUAACAACUAGUGGUAUUCUACUCGCUCCAGAUAUGGAUCCUGGACGACCUGUUUCCCCAGUUCCUCCGGGUUUCAGUGAUGAGGAUGAAAGUAUUGCUGUUGCUAUUGCAUCUGAUUACUCCAGGAAAGUUGUCGAUGGCUUAGCGGAAAUUAAAGUUCUUGACUCUAUUAUAGAAGCUCCAGGAGACGAUGCUGAUCAGGUAUUUUCGUCAUGGAAACAAGAAGUACCUAAUUUUACAACCUUUCAGGAAUCAGUGCAUGAAAAAGCAAUGGAUUUUGAAAAAGAAUGUUUCCCACAAUAUUCAUAUCUAUCUACUGAAAAUAAAACGAGUAUUGUUCAUAGGAUCGAAGAAGAUGAAAUUGCAGAUGUUGCAUUGUCCUCCGAAGCAAUUUUAUAUACCGAAUCUGAUUCAUUAGAUUCUCUUGAUAAAAUAUCAGUUAAAAGUGGAAGCAGUGGUAAGAAAUAUAGCACAUCACGUCGAAGCAGCACCAGCUCUCGAAAAGGUUCACAUGAUGAACCACAAACAUUUCUUGAACGACUUACACCAGAGUUGAAAAUGUCAUGGAUAGAAAAGAAUCAGGAAGUGGGAUCAGCUAAGCAAACUGCAUUGUCAUUAUCUGAUGAGUAUCCAAUGUAUAUGGAAAACGGACAAGUAAAUCCAGUAGAAGUGGAGUUAGAGACACUGCAUGAAGAGCCGGAAGAAGCGGAUUCGUUAAAUGAAAGAAGUGCGUCUUUAAAUGGCCAGGGAACAGAUAUCAGUGUAACAGUUGGGAAAUACAAAACGGUUUCAAGCGACAAUGUCUCCGAAACGAGUUUGCAGGAAUUUGAACGAAUCGAGCGAGAUGUAUUAAACAAAGGUGAAUCAAGUCUUAGUGGAAGUGAAGCUGAGCUGUACGUAGCCGGGAAAUUGAAAACAGCUGAUGGUUCAACAAGUUCCUUAGCCGAAUUUGAACGACUGGAACAAGAGGUCAUAGUCGAAGGUUCCCAACAAGAUGAAGCAAUGAUACUAUCCGAUAUACGUGAAGAGUCGGAGGUCGAAGAGAUGAGUAUAAGAGACGAUGACGAAGAAGAACAGGAUUCCAUUUCGGAUAUAAAAGCAAUACCAGUUGAAGAAGAUAUCCAAGUGGCAACACCAUUAGCUUCACCAACCGAUAGCAUUGAAAGGGAUUUCGAAAAUUUUAUUCCAGAAGCGAUGGGAACAAGCAUUGAUUCUUUAGAAAUUAAUGCCCCACCACAGAGCGAUUUAAUAGAUGAACGUUAUUUAACUGAAUAUGAAGUCAUUGAAAAAGUGCAUGAAGGGAUGCAUGAUUCUCUUGAAAUAAUUCCGCAAGACAAAGAUUUUAUGCAGGAAGAGGUUGCCAUGCGAGAAGUAAGUAAGGAUAGGCAAACACUAUUGAGUGAUGAUACGGUGAGUAUAUAUCAAGACCAGGAAGAAAAAGAUUCGUUAGCUGGUGAUUUGGACACUGUGCUUCAUGAUUAUCCGACCACGCUAACAACGUUUGAAACGAUGCAAAUCAACGAAGAUGGUUCAACAGAAAUAAUCUCAAGAAAGGUUCUGACUCGUGUCACUGAUCCAGUUAUUAGUCAUGUACAAUUUACUGGAACGGAAAAUGAGCAUCGCUUACGUGAUUUGGAACGAGAAGAACAAUUUGAAACUGUGGAUGUGGAAGGUAACAUUACGCGAACAACACUUCAUCGCAGUGCUCCUUCAUCCUCUGCAGGUACUUCGCUUUCAACUCAUCGUGGUUGA